AUGCCUUCUUUCACCCUAACCGCCCUGCUCCUCUCGGCUCUCGCCUUCUCCAAUCCCGCCGUGGCCCAAUCUCCUCUCCAGAGCUGUCUCGCCGCAGCCUCCAUCCCCUCCACCUUCGCCGACAGCGCCGACUGGGCAGAGGACAUCUCUCCAUGGCAACUCCGUAUCAGGCCCACGCCUGCCGGCGUCAUCAAGCCCACUAGCGUGGACCAGAUCGCUGCAGCCCUUCGCUGCGCCGCCGCUGCCGGAGUCCCAGUAGCAGCCAAGAAUGGUGGUCACUCCUACGGCUCGUACGGUGUCGGUGGCAACGAUGGGGCGUUGGUCAUCUACAUGGACGCCUUCCAAUCCACCAGCUUCGACGCUGCGACCGGCCUGUUGACCUUCGGAGGCGGCUCUAUCGUCGGCGACGUCGUGACCUGGGCCUGGCAGAACCAUGGCGUGCACUUCCCCCACGUGCGCGCCAACCGGGUCGGUCUCGCUGGCUCGACCAUCGGCGCGGGAUUCGGCAGCACCUCCCGUUUCCUCGGGACGCCCAUGUACAUGCUCACCAGCGUCGAGGUCAUGCUGUACAACAGCACCAUCGUCACAGCUUCCAAGACGCAGAACCCGGACCUCUUCUGGGUCGUGCAAGGCGCCGCCUCGUCCUACGGGAUCGUCCUCUCCCUCACGACCAGGACGUGGAAGCCUGUCCACCAGACGGUGACCAACUACACCAUCACCCUGCCCGAUGCCAGCCUCGACGCAGGUGUCAAAGCCCUGCUCAGCAUCCAGGACUACUACCUCAGCGGCGAGUGCCCCGACGAGCUCUCCCUCCGCUGGUCCUUGACCGCGCCCCCCUUCUCCGGCACGGGCUUCUACUACGGCAACCCCGCGGACUUCGAGGCCAUCAUGGCGCCCUUGAUGGCCCGCUUGCCCGCCAACACGACCUUGGUGAGUGCCACGGCCGACUUCUGGACCAUGGAGAAAGCCGCGACCCCCCUGAUCGACGAGAAGAUCGAAUUCUUCCCGCCCCGCAACUUCUACCUGCAGGCGCUCGUGCUCCGCGAGGACCAGCCCUUCACCUACGAGUCGGCCUUCGCCCUGUACAACGCGACGACCUUCGCCUUCAACCGCACCGACAUGACCAAGUUCGGCUUCAUCGACCUCUGGGGCGCGUCGUCCCGGAAGGUCAAGGAUGCCGACUCCGCGUUCGCGUACGCCAAAUCCCUCUUCCUCAUCCGCUGGGAGGGCCGUCUCGCGGCUGGCCUGACGGACUUCCCUGCGGAUGGGAUCAGCUACAUGCAGAACGGACUGAAGCCGUUCGAGCAGCAGCUGGCCACCGAGGGCGUGCCGUUGAGGGGUUUCGUGAACUAUCGAGACACGGAGCUGACGGAGGCGCAGUGGAGCGAGAGGUUGUUUGCUGGCAACUGGCCGAGAGUGUUGAGAAUCAAGAAGGAGAUUGAUCCCACGGGCAUGUUCACCACCAACCCGCAGAGCAUCCCCAAGCAGUAA